GAAGAGCAGCCAAACAGGAAAUGUAGCUACAAAACUAACCCGUUUAGAAAAUAGUCUCUCAAUAAUCAAACAUGCACUGUUUUUGCAAGGGAAUACCUCGUUUAACACGACUGUGGAUAAUAUAUGUGUCUAUUUUAAUUAAUCAUGGAUUCGCCGGUAAAAUGAAGAUAGUUGAGGAGCCAAACACAUUUGGGUUGAACAAUCCUUUGUUGUCCCAGGGAAGCAGACUACAGCCUAAAGUGACUCCCUCACCAGUAUCUGGCCCACAACAUCUUCAACGGCUUGCUGGAAAAUGCUUCAGUCUCACAGAGUCAACGUAUAAAUAUGAAUUCUGUCCGUUCCACAACAUCACUCAACAUGAGCAGUCGUUCAGGUGGAAUGCCUACAGCGGGAUACUGGGGAUCUGGCAAGAGUGGGAAAUGGCAAACAACACUUUCACAGGCAUGUGGAUGAGAGACGGCGAUACUUGUGGAACCAGAAACAGAGAAACAAAGGUGAUUAUGGUCUGCAGUCCAAGUAGCAAGCUUGCUCAAGUCUCAGAGCCCAGUACCUGUGUGUACUCACUAACUUUUGAGACCCCACUUGUUUGUCAUCCACACUCUCUGUUAGUGUAUCCGACCCUGAGUGAGCAGCUACAGAUGGAGUGGGAUGAAGCAGAGCAGGCUCGCCAUGAGGGCCUUAUUACGGAGCAGGGAUACAACAAUCUCUUGCGGGAUAUUUUUGAGGAUGCCGGACUCCUGAAGAGCCACAAAGUGAAAGUCAAGCCGCCAGAGGUUGCAGCAGAUUCAGAAAACCACAACUCUUUCCAGAAAUGUACUGAGGACUAUCAAAAACAGAGGAAAGAGAUCGAGAGACUGCGCGCUAUCCUCACCCAACACAAUAUUCCUUUUGAUUCAAAGCCAGAUGAAGCAAAAGGUACAGUGAGUGUGACAGUUAAGGAUCAACACUUGAGAGGAGACAACGGCCUCUUUGAUCAACAGUGAAAACCACCUGGACCAAGUUGCGAUCUCCAUUUAAAAGCACCUGACUGGACCUGAAGAUUCUGAUGACCAAUCUGAGUAACAGACACUAAGUGGACAGUGCUGCUUUCACUGAGGCUGGAGGGACCACAGCUUAAAUUCAACAAAGAAAAAGUGACAUCGUUUUUGGAUCACACUAACUUGUCAGACUUUGUAGACUUUUACUAGAGGAGUUGCAACACCCAGCAGCUCUCUCCAGGACUUUUAGGAUGAUGUUGUCAUAUAUUCAAAUUCUGUGUGCAUGCACAAUCUUGAGAAAUAAAAAUGGGUUUUGGAAGCAAAAAGUUGAA